GAUGUUGUGAUUUUGGAUCCAUCGACAUCUUUUUAUCCCCCAAAAAGAAAACCUUCAAGAUUUCAACAUGAACAACACGUUACAGCACUGGAGGGAAGCCGCCACCCUGAUCUUGGCUGCCGGGCUGCAGCAUGGCAGCGUCAUUCCCAAAAUGGCCGCCCAGCUGUCCCGGAGCGAUGAGCGCAGGAGGAGCGCGUUCGACUACGAGGUGCUGCUGCUGAAGCGAAGCCAGAAGAGCGGCUUCAUGCCCAACGCUUUCGUCUUCCCCGGAGGGGUGGCCGACGUCUCCGACUUCUCCAACGACUGGGUCAAGGUCUUCGAGGGGCACGCCAACAAACCAAACUUCGGCCUGGGCGUGGUCAGGCAGCCGCCCGGCACCAGGUCCCCCAUGUUUGUCAUGGACAGGGUGAAGUCGGGCUCGUCCAUCCCCGGAGAGGUCGCCUUCAGGAUCUGCGCCAUCAGGGAGACGUUCGAGGAGUCGGGGAUAUUGCUGGUGGUCCCGGGCGCCGCCGAAGUGGACGCUCACCGGGACCUCGCGGCCGCUUACGAAGGGGGCGGAGAGGAAGUGGCGAGGUGGAGGGAGGAGGUGCAGAACAAUCCGCUGCAGUUCAUUGAGAUGUGCAAGGAGCUGCGCUGUGUCCCGAACAUCUGGGCGCUGCACGAGUGGGGCAACUGGCUGACGCCCAUGUUCGCCAAGAGUUCCCCGAGAAGGCGCUUCGACACCGCCUUCUACAUCGCCUGCUUGCAGAAGAAGCCGCUCACCGCGGAUGACCAAAAGGAGAUGACUUCCUUUAACUGGUGGACCCCGCAGCAAGCCCUCGAUGAGUACAGGACUCAGACAACAUGGAUUCCUCCUCCGCAGUUCUAUGAUCUGGGUAGAUUGUGUAACUUUACCAGCAUUCACGAGCUCCACAGAUUCAGCUGCAACCGCUCCCUGGAGGGCUGUGAGAGGUGGAUGCCGGUUAUAGUGCAGGCAGAGGAUGGAGUGGUGCACACACUGCCAGGGGACGAUCUAUACCCCGAAGAUCCGGACGUCACUGGACAGUCACAGAAAAAGUACUCCACAGAUAAAACCAUCGAAGCUCUCAUCCGGGAAGGGGGCCGCCUUCACCGAUUGAUGUACGUCGACGGCGUCCCGGCUCACUUUAUAAACCUGCAACCGAAAUAUAAACACGUCAAUCCGCUGGUAACGGACGCCAGUCGGGAUGGGGAGCCCAAGAGCAAAAUUUGA